ACCACAAGAGAGAGAGACUUGAAGUUAGGUUUUUGUUUUUCAUCUCUCCUUUCUAUGGCGGAAAUUUUUACUUCUCUAGAGCUCUGACAAGCUUCUUCCUUCUUUCACCUAGCGAAUUUCAGAAUGUUCUUCGAUUCAAAACCCUAACUUUCUCAAUCCACCAAAGUUUCAGGUGCGUAACUUCUUUCUGGUUUUCGGUUUUGAAAGCAAAACAAAAAAAUUGUUCUUUUGCUAUGUUUCGACGUAAUUUUCGAGGUUGUUGAACUCGGAUCUGCGAAAAGAUUUAGGGUUCGUCGUCCGAACAGGAUUCUGAUUCUGAUAGAGUUUGUGUUUCUGGAAAUUUUUUUUUUCUUCUCGGUACUGCAAAUUGUUGUUCGGACAAAACAUUUCUGAUCUUUGAGCUAGGAAUCGGUUCUUAGUUCAAAGAUGGUAAUUGGAUUGUUAAGGAUUUAAGAAAUUGGUUACCAUGGGUGAUGUUGGGGAGUCUUCUGAAUCUAGUUAUGGAGUGUCUAGCACUCCAAAUUCAACGAGAAGUGUUUUUUCUCGUGAAGAGGGAUGUCCGAAGCAAGUUUCCCCUGUUAGAGGUGGGGGUUCGAGGAAUACGAGUCCAUUAGGCCAUGUUGGAUCGAGAAACACAAGUCCCUCGAUGCAAAAGACGAUUAAGACCAAGCCUCGAGGAUUAGAUGAGGAAACGGUUGCCACAUUUGGUAAAGCUGUUCAUCCGGAUGUUCAAAUGGAAGAUAAUAUCUGGGCAAUGUUGCCCGAGGACUUGUUAAACGAGAUCUUGGCAAGGGUUCCUCCGUUUAUGAUUUUUCGCCUCCGUUGUGUUUGUAGACAGUGGAAUUCAAUUCUUCAAGAUAGUAGUUUCCUUAAGUUCCAUUCGCAAGUGCCGUCUCACGGUCCUUGUCUCCUCACGUUUUGGAAGAAUUCACAGACUCCUCAAUGCUCGGUGUUCAGCUUGCCGUUGAAGACGUGGUAUAGGAUUCCAUUCACGUUUUUGCCUCAAUGGGCAUUCUGGUUGGUUGGUUCUUCUUGUGGGCUAGUUUGCUUUUCCGGACUCGAUGGGCUAACUUUCAAAACGUUAGUUUGUAAUCCACUCACUCAAACUUGGAGGACGCUUCCAAAUAUGCAUUAUAAUCAGCAGAGGCAGCUGAUCAUGGUUGUUGAUAAGAAGGAACGGUCUUUUAAAGUGAUAGCCACUAGUGAUAUUUAUGGUGACAGGUCAUUGCCCACUGAAGUAUAUGAUUCAAAGCUGAAUAGCUGGUCACUUCACCAGAUAAUGCCGGCAGUUAAUCUAUGCUCGUCAAAGAUGGCAUAUUGUGACUCCAGAUUGUAUCUAGAAACUCUUUCGCCCCUUGGCUUGAUGAUGUAUCGGCUGGAUACAGGGCACUGGGAGCAUAUCCCCGCUAAAUUCCCACGGUCUCUAUUGGAUGGUUAUUUGGUUGCGGGCACACAGAAGCGUCUAUUUCUAGUUGGAAGGAUUGGCCUUUACAGUACUCUUCAGAGUAUGAGAAUUUGGGAGUUGGAUCAUGCAAAAAUUAUGUGGGUGGAGAUUAGUAGGAUGCCGCCAAAAUAUUUUCGAGCAUUGCUAAGAUUAUCAGCUGAGAGGUUUGAGUGCUUUGGACAGGAUAACUUGAUCUGCUUUACAUCUUGGAACCAAGGGAAGGGGCUACUAUAUGAUGUGGAUAAAAAAGUCUGGUCCUGGAUUGCUGGAUGUGCUCUUCAGUCAUACAACAGCCAGGUUUGUUUUUAUGAGCCCAGAUUUGAUGCUUCCAUCUUUUGAGUAGAAAAUUUUGUUUUGCGGCUUCAAGUACUAUUUAUUAGUAAGAGAACUAUGAGGGGAUAUCCAUAAAAGAAAAAGGGAGGGGAUAUCGUUUUUCACCUGGCAUCUUCUUUUCCUCAAUCCUUCCUGCCCACUUCUACAUAUUGACAUGUAAGAUUAAUCCAUACUGAAUUUGUUGUUUAACAAUUCAAUAUCCUUUCCAUCGUGAAUCUGCUAUAUGGCUGCAUCCGAGAGACAUUUUUGCCAGCGGGAUUUUGUACAAAUGAAAUUGGUGAAUCAACUCUUAACAGCGCUUCUUGGUGGAAAAAGAUUGGUUGAGUUUGUAGUUUGAGACUGGGGAUGGUCUUGUUUGAGAAUGUAGGUGGGCUGGGGUAUCUCUGUAAGAACUGAAAGAAAGCUCCUCUUUUUCUUUUCUUUUUUGUUUUCUUUUUUGCUUUCUUUUUUGUUUUUUUGUUUUUGUUUGUGUUUGUACAUUAUUCAAAAACAUUUGCACAUGAAUUUGUGAAUCAUAGAUAUAGAGUUUUGUUAUCA